AUGCAAGGCUUUGUCGCUAGUCGUGCUGCUGGCCUUGCGUCGAAGGUCAGCCGCACGGGGAUUACAUUCACUACGACGCGUGGUCUUGCUACUGUUACUGAUACACCAAAGCGUACUUAUGGUGGUCUGCGGGACCAGGACCGUAUUUUCCAGAACCUGUACGGGCACCAUGACUUCCGUCUGAAGGGCGCGCAGGCUCGUGGUGACUGGCAUCGUACUCGUGACAUCAUCGAGAAGGGUCACGACUUUAUCAUCAACCAGAUGAAGGCCUCCGGCCUUCGUGGUCGCGGCGGUGCCGGGUUCCCCUCCGGUCUUAAGUGGAGUUUCAUGCUCAAGCCGGGCUGGGAGAAAGAUCCUCGUCCUCGCUAUCUUGUCGUCAAUGCUGACGAAGGUGAGCCCGGUACUUGUAAGGACCGUGAAAUCCUUCGUCACGAUCCACACAAGCUCAUUGAGGGUUGUCUAGUGGCUGGCCGUGCGAUGGGUGCGAACGCUGCUUAUAUCUAUAUCCGAGGUGAAUUCUUCGAGGAGGCGUACAACACCCAGGUUGCCAUCAAUGAGGCCUACAAGGCUGGCCUUAUCGGUAAAAACGCUUGUGGGUCUGGUUAUGACUUUGAAGUCUAUAUCCACCGUGGUGCAGGCGCUUACAUUUGUGGCGAGGAGACCGCUCUUAUCGAGUCUCUCGAGGGAAAGCAGGGCAAGCCCCGUAUGAAGCCUCCGUUCCCGGCCGACACUGGUCUUUUUGGUUGUCCUACCACUGUGGCUAAUGUGGAGACGGUUGCCGUGGCUCCGACGAUCAUUCGCCGUGGUCCUGCCUGGUUUGCUGGCUUCGGUCGCGAAAAGAACCAGGGCACAAAGCUAUAUGCGAUUAGCGGACAUGUAAACAAGCCUUGUGUCGUUGAGGAAGAAAUGAGUAUUCCUCUGAAGGAGCUGAUUGAGCGUCACUGCGGCGGUGUUCGUGGUGGCUGGGAAAACCUCCUUGCUGUUAUCCCUGGUGGCUCUUCGACACCUAUGAUUCCUCAAUCUGUUUGCAGUGAGGUACUUAUGGACUUCGAUUCUUUGCGUGACAACCAAACUGCCCUCGGAACUGGUGCUGUAAUUGUCAUGGACAAAUCUACGGAUCUAGUCCAAGCUAUUCUUCGUCUGACCAAGUUCUACAAGCAUGAGAGCUGCGGACAGUGCACUCCUUGCCGCGAAGGUACUACGUGGCUGUCCAACAUGAUGGAACGCUUUAUGGUUGGCCGUGCCUCCCUCCGCGAGGUUGAUAUGCUCUGGGAGAUCACUCGUCAGAUGGAGGGACACACUAUCUGUGGUCUUGCUGAUGCUGCUGCUUGGCCCAUUCAGGGUCUUUUGCGCCACUUCCGCCCUCUAGUCGAGGAGCGCGUGAAGGAGUUCAAUGCCCAGCAUGGUUCUGUUUUGUACGGUGGUCGUCUCGCCAGCGACCGCGACCCUAACCUCGCUAUCCCUGGUAACCUGUCCUUCCCAAACAAGGCGACGAAGGACUCUUACCAGCCAGGCGUUGCGAAUGCAUAG